GCGGACAGGGAGGGCGCGACUCCCGACCGCUAGCUGCGCUGCGAGUGCGCGGUCCUCCCGUAGGCCGGCGCGGCCUUACGCCGCUGACGCAGCGCGCCCAAGAUGGCGGCGCGGUCGUCGUCGGAGGUGGCGGCGGCAGAGGGGGCGGCGGUCGUGGCGGCGACGGCGACGGCAGCCGUGACGGCGGCGGCGGCGGCGCGGAGCUUGGGCCGGGGGGAAUGAGGCGGCCGCGGCGGGCCAGCGGCGGAGCCGUGUAGCGGAACAGCGGUUUUCCUCCUCUCUUCUCUCGGCCGAAUCGGGGGCGCGCGCGCGCGGCCGUCCGGAGCGGGUUCCCCACCCCUCGACUCCCGCGACCCGCUUCGUACCCCAUCGGGCCCGGAGGAUGAUGAAGCUCAAGUCGAACCAGACCCGCACCUAUGACGGCGACGGCUACAAGAAGAGGGCCGCGUGCCUGUGUUUCCGCAGCGAGAGCGAGGAGGAGGUACUACUUGUGAGCAGUAGUCGCCAUCCAGACCGAUGGAUUGUCCCUGGAGGAGGCAUGGAGCCCGAGGAGGAGCCAAGUGUAGCAGCAGCCCGUGAAGUGUGUGAGGAGGCUGGAGUAAAAGGAACAUUGGGAAGAUUAGUUGGGAUUUUUGAGAACCAAGAGAGGAAACAUAGAACAUAUGUCUAUGUGCUCAUUGUUACAGAAGUACUGGAAGACUGGGAAGAUUCAGUUAAUAUUGGAAGGAAGAGAGAAUGGUUUAAAAUAGAAGAUGCCAUAAAAGUGCUGCAGUAUCACAAACCCGUGCAGGCGUCAUAUUUUGAAACAUUGAGGCAAGGCUACUCAGCCAACAACGGCACACCAGUUGUGACUACCACAUACUCGGUUUCUGCGCAGAGCUCAAUGUCAGGCAUCAGAUGACUGAAGACGUCCUGUAAGAAAAAUGGAAAUUGGAAACUAGACUGAAGUGCAGAUCUUCCCUCUCACCCUUGCACUUUUCACCUCUCCUUACAGGCCUCCUCUUUCAAUUAAGGCAUGAUGGGCAACAGAGAAAGGGUAUCUUGAUGAUGUAGCUGUUUAGUAUUAAGUGAUGGGGCUUUUUCUUCUUUUUAUUCGGGGGGUGGGGGUUGGGUGUGUAAUUUGUAGGUACUUUUCUGCAUGAUCUGUUCCCCCCUUUUCACACCCCUAUACUUCUCUAGAGAGAGGUAAAUAGCCUUCCUUCCCUCUGCUUUGAAUUCUGAAAUGUUCCUGUUUUUCUCAUCCCAGCCCUGGCCAGACAUUUACCUUUGAUUUUUUUUAAUUACUAUUAUUUUUUAAAUUAAAAAAUUACCAAGAUGACAUACUCUUUCAAGAAUUUGUCCUGUAAUAUGCUAUCCAGUUCAGUAUAUUGGUGACUUUCACUGCAGGAUACAUUUAUCUACACAUUAUAUACUGGACUUACAGUAUGUAAAUAAAUGACUUUUAGAAGAGAAAUUUAACUUUAAUUUUUCAAGAUAUUUUUCUUUCAUUUGAGGUGUUUCUGAAGUGGAGAGCCUUGUAAUUUACUUUUUGGUUUUUUUCAUGUUAGUGGCUAGGCAAUUUUCUCUGUCCUCUCUCUUUUCCCCAACCAUUGAUUAUAGUUGUGUAGGAUACAGGAACAAUGUAGCUACCUUUAUAGUGCUCUCGGGACUUAUGGCCUUCUCUUCUUGAAGCUGUGUUUCCAUGCCAAGAAAGAAACAGGUUGAACUCUGUUUUCUUUUUUAUCACCAAGACAGGAGCAAAUGUUCUCAACCUAGGUCCAGAGAAGCAAUGAUAGAAGUUAAAUUACUCCCUACAUGCUGACAAUAGGGAUUUGAACUGGAUUCUUAGGUUUCUUAUCUUGAAGAAAAAAACAAACAAACAAACAAAACUGGAUACUAUUUUUAUCCUGUUGGUUUGGAAUUUUUUUCCACUGCGCUCUUUAUCGCUGACAGCAGCCUCUCUCCUUAUGCAUACAUGCCUUACACCCACUGUGCUGAGCUGAAUAUUGCCCUGUGUUCAGAAGCAUCCAGGUAUACUUGGCAAGUGCAGUUGUACAGUCCUGUCCUCAUCUUGGGUAACCAUGUUAAGUUCCUGAAAAGUUUCAGGAGGAAAAUUCAGGUGUUACAGCACUUGUAAUUGCAGCAUGGAACAUGCUCAGAAAUAUUAAAUUUGUCCCCCACUACUAUGUGAAAGAUUCAUUUUCUGAGAAGUGGUAUGGGAAGAAUGCUUAAUCAUUUACUAGAACAGCUACAUAAUGCAUUGGCUUACUGCAAAAUGUCUUUCUUGUUGGCUUUUGAUAGAAGUCUCAUGCUGACUUCAUUUGCCAGUUGUGUUUUAGUUGGGAAUUAAGCAGAAACGGGUCUUGAGAUGGAGGGUGGGGACUACGAGAGGGGACACUGAUGGAUCAGAUCCCUGGCUUGGGACAGGAGUUUGUUGCUAUCCUUUUAGUGGCAUCUCCUUUGUCAAAACAUAGCCAAGAUGUGAAAAAUAAACCACAGUUCUCUUUAUUUAAAAUUUCUAAUAAAUACUCAAACUUUGAAAAGUUUUUGCUCUUCACUCCCACUAAUAGAAGUAUAUGUAACGGCUAGGCCUGUGUCAUAUGGUAUCCAGCUUUUUGAGGGACAUCAGUUGAUAAACUUUAAAUUGUGUUACCCAUACUUGGUUUGUAUCCUUUUCCAGUCUUGAAACACAGAUCCCAAAAAAGCAGUGCUAAUAGUUUCUGUAUGAUACUGCCCUAUGUUUGGGAAGGAAAUUAGAUAGAAACAGCACCAUAUGGAAUUUCAGUCUCAAGGCCAACUUGGUAUUCAGAUGUCCUCAAAAAUGAACAUACUGCUGCUUGUUGCCUAAUUUAGAACACUCUAAGGUUCUGUCAAAAUAAACUAGGGAAAACUAAAAUAAAUCUAAAUACUAAUAAUAAAUAAAUCUAAAUAGUGGAGUCCCAGAAACACAUUCUUCCAAAUAAAUUCUGCCUUUGUGAUAUGGGAUGAAGUGCUUUGCAGGAGAACAGCUGGUACUCCUGGGUAAAGGAAUUGAAGUGUUAAUAUGCAGUACAUCUUUUAAUGAUCUAAAGAUUUUUUUUUGGACUCGUGUAACAAUAACUAUCCUGGAAAAGUCCAGUUUGAAUUGUUAUUGGUACCUUUGAGUCAGAAAAUUGAACUGUGCCAAUGUGUAUUAUUCAGUGACAUCAGUGAAUCCUGUUAGUGGAGUUAACUAGAGAGAUUGUGCUGAUGCACUGUAACUGACUAAAGGAGGCUUCAUCCAACACCAAAAUUAUUGAAACGGAUUCUGAUGAGCGAAGUGGUGUUUUUCCCUUCUAGAACCAUGAAAGGCAUGGCUAUGUUUCUGAUUUUUAGUCUUGGUCCUUGUGUGUUAGGUAACCUUUAUUCCCCAAAGCAAGAAGUAAAAGAAAACAUGGAAAUUAUAGUGCUUACAGAAUGUUUCAUUAAUGCUUACUUGCCCGUAACAACUGCCAGUUCAGUACUCUCCCAUUUAAAUUCAGUAGAGGCAGAUUCCUGUGUUUGGGGCAGUAAGAAGUCUCUUAUUCACAGCGAAUUUGUUCAUUCUAGAUUGUAGUUAUUACUAGAGUGUCCAUCAGAUUCUACCAUAUUUUGUAUAGAAAAAUAUACUAGUGGCUUUUUUUUUUUUCUUUAGCUUGUAAAUUGCAGCCAUUCAGAAAAUGCCAAUUAGGUCAUAGACCAGGAGGGGGUGGGGGGUAGAGAGAGAGAGUGUGUGUGUGUAUCAGAGAGAAAGAGAGUGUCAGAGAGAAAGAGAGAGACAAGAGAGGGCUACCAGAAGUCAACCAUGUUAUAUUUUAUUGUAGCCUUCCAGAACAGUGCAUCCUAUCCAGCAAGAGUCUUGAUUUUGCUCAUAGCAAACAUAAAAGGAUAGAAAGAUAAAUAGAUUGACUGUUUUGUUUUUAUAAGUGUCUACUGUGUACAGAGUGGGCUCCCUCACUGCUGAGACCAUCUGGAGGGAUCAAAGUGUGGAAGUAUCACCCUCUCUGUGACCAUGGAAGGCCUAGAAGGUGGCAUCACUGCAGGAUUUCCGUGCUCUGCACUGUGUUGGGGAGUGCUGUGGAACAGUGAGGCACAGUAGGCCUUCCUCUUCUUAGUCUCUAGGGAGCAAUGUGGGUCACUGCCCUCUGGGAGUAUUUUCCAGCAGUUUUAUAAAUGUGUUGCUACAUAGUCAAGUUCUUUCAUGACAUAGAAAUAUUGGGGUUGUUAAAAGUCACAGUGCAUUUUUGCAUUAAAAACAUAGAAAAAUAUGUCAUGACUUUUCCAACAAUCUGACACUUAAUGGUUUUGAUGUUAAGUGUCAGCCAAUGUAAAGUUUCUUUAAUUUGCUUAGAAGAAACAAGUCGUGUUUUGUCAUCUUUCUAGAAGUUCAUAUAGGACAGUUUCUCUUCCUUCCCUUUUUCCUUCACAUUAAGCUCAUUAGAGGAACUUUCUAAAUCUUUUUCUUGAAGAGUAAUUGGUCAAUUGGGCCUGGGUAUACAUUUCACGCCUUAUACUUUACAUAGUUGUCAUUUCCAUUUAGUGCUGCAUUAAUGUCUUAUUGCUCUUCCCAUCAGAUCCUUUUUAUAAAGCAUGUAGCCUGAUCUACAUUCACUGUAUCACUAAUAAUAAUAAUAGUUGCGAUAUGAUUUUUGCCACAACUUUGUGACUUUUAAUAGUUCUAAAGUAUUCUUCAAACCCAUUCUAGUUGAAAGUAGAUUUAGAAAUAGGAGAAAUACCUAGAGAAAUCUCCAGUUAGUUUGCUUUAAGAAAAGUCAGUUACCUGUUAAUAUAAUUGACAAUAUGGCUUCAGCUUGGUCCAUCUACAUUAAGAAAAAAAGAGUCUACUUCUUUACAAUAAAAUGGAGACCUAACAGAACAGUCAACCCAAGCAUCUCUAGAGAGAGAUUGUUUAAUGGUGAUCAAGUAACACAAUGACUCUUCUAAUUCUUAUUCUUGAAAAUGCUGAAAGAAGUCAGACAUGUCCAGUAGAGGUGGCAGCCCUAUCUUCUUGGCCCUGCUGGAAUUUUGCUAAGGCUAUGGGAGGUUUCUGGGCUGUUGAUGUUAGUGUCCCCUGACUUGCCCAUUGAGACAGCCACCUCACUUUAAGUAGAUGGAGAAGUAUCCUUGGUUUAGCCUCUGUGCUCUAGAGUGAUUCCUGCAGGAGAGAUUGCAUCAUAUAGGGGCCAGGUGAUGGUCCACCUGGUUGAGGGCACGUUACAGUGCACAAGGACCCAGGUUCAAACCCCCAGACCCCCACCUGCAGGGAGAAAGCUUUGUAAGUAGUGAAGCAGGGCUGCAGGUCUCUUUCUAUAUAUCUCUAUCUCCCUCUUCCCUCUUGAUUUCUGGCUGUCUCUAUCCAGUAAAUAAAUAAAGAUAAUUAAAAGAGAGAGAGAUUGUACCAUACAAGAGAAUUAAUUGUGUUUUUCUGUUUCUCCUUAGAUAUCACCUAAAACAGUGAGACACUGAGAUUUUCAGAAGAGUUGUAAAUUGCAGAGCAUUUACUCUGUCUCUAAAAGAUAUUGUUCUCUGUGCCCUGGGUUGGUUUGAGGUCACCACAGGUCCUGGGAAUCCAGAGAUUUUUUUUAGACUCCUUUGGAGACCAGCAGCCUCCCACUAGCUAGCUUCACAUCUUGACCACACUUUUGCUCUGGCUGAUAAGCUUUUAAGAAUAUGAGAAGCCUAAUUGGGACAACUUAAAAAAUGAUACUUCUCACCUUCAGAUUAGCCACAGUCUGUCCUCUCAAUCCUCUGAAAAGAAUCCUGUUUGUUGUUCAUUUGGACACACCCCUUGAGCAAUCAUAUGAUUUUGUACAUCUACAAUCUAAAGCUUUCUGAGUUAACAAAGGGAAAAAAAAAAGCAAGCCUCUUUCCUAAGUUUUGUUUAUGGUAUUGACUUGAUGAAUUUGAGCUUGUGUUAGAACAUGAGACUGUUUCUCCAGCAACCAGUUGUUUAAUAAAUAACUCUGGCUUUCCUUUAGUUUACAUUCCCAGCUCUUAAAUCGGGGGCACUAGAACAAAAAACAGACAAAUAACAGAAGCUUUAAUAUCCUGGAGUAGUCUUUAAGUGAUGCAGAAGCAGCAGCAAUGUCAUUUUCCAGGUUUAUCACCAUCUUGAUCUUCCAGCCAUCCUUCCACCUUCACUGCUGCCACGCCUGAUGUGACAUUUCUCUUAAUCAUUGAGUCAUUCUAGUUCCAGAACAAUUGCUUUGCAUCUGUGGCUGUUGUGCCUUUAGAAAGCAUCUUAACACUACAGUAAAAUUGCUCUUCUGGGAUUGAGUCCCAGUCAGGCAUUUAGAUAAAAAUUGCAAGUCUUUGAAACUUGUAUAUGUUUGUGGGAUGGGCGUGGGAGGUUAGAAGCAAGAUGCCAGAAUUUCAUUGCUUGACCUUGAGGCUGUGCUCCAUUUACUAUAGUAUGGGGUGAGAUGAGUCCCCUCCAGGGAAUCAUUUUUGCCAGUGAGAUUGCAUGUAAAUCCCUUUGGGAGAUGGUCCUUUCUGAAUGCUUUUGUACUGGAUAGAAAAUGUUAGCCUAAAACAAUAGAUCCAUAUAGCCUCUUUCACCUCUCUGUUGUCCACUGGGAGGUGGGGGAGGGAGGGGAAAGACUUUUCGGGGUUAGAUUUUGAUCUUUCUUUAAUCUAUGUUUAUUUUGGACAACAUUUGUCACUAGUAAAUGGGCCAAAGAAGACGUCUAGUUUUGACUACUGGAGCCAGGCAGCAUAACAUUGGUGAGUUAUAGCGGGGGGAGGUAGAGGCUGGUUAUAGGGAGACCCAGGAACCAGAGCAAAUGGGUCUGCUCCACAUAAAAGGGACAGGCCUAUAGUUAGAUUGUGGAGAGCUUCCAAAGUGCUGAAGUGAAUGAAGGGCUUCCAGGGUCUUUGCGCAGCUUGUGUUUCUCCUGAGAAACAAGUAUUCUAAAGGGCACACAGACACACACCUGCCCUGUCCCCUCUUCCUAUGUGACUGUAAGCACUUUGCCCAGAAUUCAGUAUCACUUUCCCUCCAGAAUCUAAUUUGCUUUGGCUGUUUUUGUUUGGCAUUUAGGAACCCCAUCCUUUCACUGCCACCCAUGGAUGGAUGUGGACAUGUUGCCCUGGAUACAGAUGCAGGAGUAGUGAAUUAGACCCAGAAGUAUAAUGUUGGAUUUAGUAGUUAGAAAAAGUUGUCCACUCUAAAGGAAAUACAGUAUGUAGUACAGGUUUGUAAACGUCAGGUCUGUUAUUGUUACAUGGUCUGAACAUUCUCAAACUACCUUAUAAUUGAAUGAUAAGGUUGAUGGUUGGCUAGAACAUGUAAAAUUUCAGGUAGUAAGUAUUGAUACAUUUGUCUUAAAAUAAGCUUAUGAAGUCAUGAGUAUUUGAGGCUGUUGAGAGCUUAUGUAAAAAAAUAAAUCAAGUGUUCUAAGAUCUGGAGAUAGUCUUUAAGGAACACAGAAACAGCAGAAAAUUGUCAUUUUCCAGAUUUAUCACCAUCUUGAUGUUCUACCCUCACUGUAUCCAGGCCAGGUGUGAAGUUUUUCUUAUGAGGAAACAGAAACCCAUGAGUAACAUGCCUUUGUACAGUUCUAAAGAGUUCUGUGACCUUUUCUCACAUCCUAUCCAAUGACUAUGGUAAGAGUGGGCUUUGAAGAGGCAGUGCGGCCUUAGCUCUGUUUCUCAGCUUUAGGGGGUGGUCUCUAGAUAGCACAGACUUCCUUCACUGUGAUCAUCUUCAAUCUAACCAUCUACCAUUAAUCAGAAAGGUGAAAGACCCCAGGGACCAUUCUGGUUUUAAAACAAAUGAACUAGAUCCCCUGUCACAGGUAUCCACCCAGAUGCAGUAUCCUUUUGGUCAGGUUAAACAAGCAUUUCCAGGGAACCCCUUUAAUUGAGACAAAGUAGCAUAGUUGUAUUAGUUUAACCUUUUCUAAAAGACAGUAGUCAUUGUCCCUUCUCCCAAGUCUUCAUACGUUUUGCUGAGAAUUAAAUGCCCACAUGUCAUAAUCUCUCCAGAACUGAGAUAGCCAGCAAUCCAUUUACCCAGGAACCAGCCGCCUGGGCAUUGUACAGGCUUGAAAUAGACUCUUCUGGGGGUUGGUCAGUAGCACAGCGGGUUAAGUACACAUGGUACGAGGUGCAAGGACCAGUGUAAGGAUCCUGGUUUGAGCCCCAGGCUCCCCACCUGCAGGGAAGUCACUUCACAAGCAGUGAAGCAGAUCUGCAGGUGUCUAUCUUUCUCUUCCCCUCUUUGUCUCCCCCUCCUUUCUUGAUUUCUCUUUGUCCUAUCCAACAACAGCAGCAGUGGCAACAAUAACAACAACAAGGGCAACAAAAUGGGGAAAAUGGCCUCCAGGAGCAGUGGAUUCUUAGUGCUGACACCAGCCCCAGCGAUAACCCUGGAGGCAAAAAAAAAAAAAAUGUGCCUCUUCUGACCCCAGCACUCUCCUACUGUUUCCUUACAUCAGGAUUGCCCAGGGAAGCAAAUAUUUUAGUCUUCCCAUCAUUCUAUAGACUAAGAGUGUAUGUAUAUCACCUCUUUAAGAAGUUUGCUUCAUAUUUGCAGAAAACAUUCAAAGGGUAGAUUAUGGAACCUCUAUGGGCUGAGCACUCACAUCCUUGGAAAAGUUGAGCUCCCUGGGACAAGGGAACUCAACAGAACUGGGGAAUAUGAGGAAUGAUGCUUGUGUGGAAGGAAGGACUGAUUGACUGUGGUCCUUGGCACAUGUAACUGGGUUGUGAGCAGGGUUUGCAGUAAUAGUACUCUUAACCCAUUCCAGAUGCACUCUAGGACUUAGGAUCUUGGAACUAUUGGGUGCAUAGUGAUUUUAUUUAUUAGUCAUCCCUCUCCUCCCCCGUGUUUCCAAAAUAUUCUUGCCUGGUAGUUAAUGGGAAAUUGGGUUUUCCCUCUCCCUGCUUAGUGUCACCUGCCCAGGCCUGACUUCUUUCCCUGUGUCUUCAUCGCACUCCUAAAGGGAGACAGGCACACUGAUCCCAUUGGGAACUGAGGAGUGUGAAAUUUGGUGUAAAGAAGGUGAGAGGAAAGUGAGUUUCCUCUUUCUUUUUCUCAAGGAGAGUGUGGUUAGGCUUCCUUCAUACCCCUUUGUCAGUCAAGUUGUGGUGGAAGGGAACUGGGUCUAGUCCUGGAUGUGGGUCUCAGACAGAUGCACAGCAGGUGUUACGUUAACCCACUCUUCCUCUGUAAUAGCAGACCAGGCAUAAAUAACUGUUCCGCUUCUUUACUAAGGUGUCCUUUUACAUGGUGCCAGCCACAGAGGACAGAAGAACCCCUCCCUUGAUAUAUAGAGCUUUGGUCCUGCCCCUAAAAUUCUACCCCUCCCAUAUCCUACUCCCUUUUGUAAAAUCAAAUUCUUAAACUUGUGAGUGUGCUAUUCCUUUCUGUGUUAAUCAAUUUCCUUCCUUUUGAGCUGUGUGGGAGGGAAAGGCUUUGGAAUUAUAGGUUGUAAUCUUGUGCCAACCAAUAAAAACCAGUAUUUCACACAC